AUGUUGCUCCAGGGACAGCCGUGUCGCUUCCGUGCAGAAGACAUAAAGGGCAACCUGAACACUAUGUCACAUACGGAUCUGCGCAACCACACGCUUUGGCCAUACCUCGAUGCGAUCGGGGCGGGCAGCAGCAAGAUGGAUUUUAUCCGGGAGAAAAUCAAGGAGAUGCUUGAAGAUGAUGAGCAGCACAAGGACGUAGGGGAGGGCCGUGGUACCUUGCGGAGGAAGAUGAUCAUCUUUACCCUUUCCCCUGUGACGGCCUUCCUCAUUGCCCUGAUACUGCGCAAGGGACUCCCCACGCUACGCCAAACUCUUGUUCUGGCCACAGACGCCCCCGCCAAGCGGGGGUCGCUUUAUGCCCCGUUCUGCCGUAUGACUGAUGAGGAACUGCUGGAAGACAGAGAUCCCCACGAUCCUCAGCUGUUAAUUACCACUGCCCGUAUCGCCGGAGAGGGUCUCAACCUGAUACGUGCCAACUACGUAAUAAUGACCGAGCCUGCAUUUGCAAAACAGGUCGAGGACCAAGCAUUCCGUCGCGUUCAUCGCUAUGGCCAACAAGCAACAACCCAUUUGUUCAGUCUGUACUGUACCUGGAAUCCCGCUGAAGUCAUUGUCAGAAGCCGUCAAGAUGCACGCUCUAGAUUACUAGAUGAGAGUAUCUGGACGCUUCCCGUCAGGUGA